UCUGCCAUGGUGCUGUCGGACCUCAAGGAAACAGCUGAGGCCGCCCUAGAGCAGAAGGUCACCAAGGCCGUCGUCACAGUGCCCGCUUACUUCAACGAGAAGCAGUGUCAAGCCACCAAGGACGCCUGUAGGAUCGCCGGGCUGGAGGUGCUGUCCAUGAUCAACGAGCCCACGGCGGCCGCCAUGGCCUACGGGUUGGAAAGGGAAAAGGGCAUAAGCUUCGCCAAGACCGUGUUCAUCUUCGACCUGGGCGGCGGGACCUUUGACGUGUCCGUGAUGAAGAUCAGCGGCAGCGCCUGCCAGGUCCUGGCCUCGGGCGGCGACACCCACCUGGGCGGCCAGGACUUCGACGUGCUCUUGCUCGAGCACUGCCUCGAGGACUUGAAGAAAACGUUGACUGCCGGGCAAAUCGAAACGUUGAUGGAGGACAGGCAGGCGAUGCAGGACCUGCGCAGGGCCUGCGAGCUCGCUAAACGCAAGCUGUCUAACAUGCCCCAGGCGCAAAUCGCAGUCUUCUUUCCCCGGCUCAGCAAGUCGUACCAAACGACCAUUACAAGGGCCAUCUUCGAGGAUCUGUGCACCGCGUUGUUUAAGAAGACUAUCCAGGUCAGCGAGCAGGUGUUGGCCGAUGCAAAGGUGACGCGCGCUCAGGUGCACGACGUGGUGCUGGUGGGCGGCUCCACCCGCAUCCCCAAGGUGCGCGCGCUGCUCCGGGACAUGUUCGGCGGCAAGGAGCUCCGCCAGUCCAUCAACCCGGACGAGGCCGUGGCGCACGGCGCGGCAGUGCACGCCGCAGUGCUGACCGGCGACAAGUUCGUCGACAGGACGGUCCAGCUCAAGGACGAGAAGGAGCCAAAGCGGACUGUACCUGAAACCCCUACCGCAAGUCAUGCUGCAGAAGCCAUAAUGUCACAGAAAGGGGUCGAUCUACGUGAUGGUCCUGGGGCGGCCGUCGGCAUCGACCUGGGCACCACGUACUCGGUGGUGGGGGCGUGCCGGAGGGGCAAAGUGGAGAUCUUCGCCAACGAUAGCGGAAGCCGCACCACCCCGAGCAUCGUCGGCUUCCUGAAUGACCAGUCGUUCGUCGGCGAUGCGGCCAAGGACCUGCCCGCCUCCAACCAGGUUUUUGAUGCCAAGCGGCUCGUCGGCCGCCAGUGGAGCGACCAGAACAUCCAACAAGACAGGGGCGUGUGGCCCUUCGAGGUGGUGGAGCAGGAUGGGGUGCCCAGGAUAAAGGUGGACGUCGGCGGGAGGGAGGAGACCUUCGCCCCGGAGGAGAUCUCUGGCAUGGUGCUGCGUGACCUCAAGGAGACAGCGGAAGGCGCCCUGGGCCAGACUGUUUCCAAGGCCGUGGUCACCGUGCCCGCCUACUUCAACGAGCGGCAGCGCCAGGCCACCAAGGACGCCUGUAGGAUCGCCGGGCUGGAGGUGUUGGGCAUGAUCAACGAGCCCACGGCGGCCGCGAUCGCCUACGGCCUGGACAAGGACAAGAACGUGGGUGCCGGCCAGACCAAGACCGUGUUCAUCUACGACCUGGGCGGCGGGACUUUCGACGUGUCCGUCAUGAAGAUAAGCGGUAGUGACUUUCAGGUCCUUGCCUCUGGUGGUGACACCCACCUUGGCGGCCAGGACUUCGACGUGCUCCUCCUCAAACACUGCCUCGAGGACGCCCAGCGACAGUUCAACGCCGACCUCUCGAACGACAAACAGGCCGUGCAGGAUCUUCGUAAAGCCUGCGAGCUCGCCAAGCGAAAGCUCUCAAACAUGCCUCAGGCACAAGUUUCAGUGUUCUUGCCCCGGCUCAACAAGGGAUUCCAGACUACUAUCUCGAGAGCUUUCUUCGAGGAUCUGUGCGCCGAACUGUUCAGGAAGACAAUUCAAGUUAGCGAAGAGGUGCUGGCCGAUGCAAAGGUCACUCGCGCUGAGGUGAACGACGUGGUGCUGGUGGGCGGCUCCACCCGCAUCCCCAAGGUGCGCGCGCUGCUCCGGGACAUG